AUGCUUGCACCUUUACAGGUACAAGAGUAUGUUGAAGCCGCAACACUCUGUAAUUUCUGCAAAACUGGGACUCUUCUGAAUCUUGAUGAGAUCAAUGCUGCCUUGUUAUCGCUGAGCGAUCAGUCUGUCGAGCCUCUGCAGAUCAAUGUCCUCGACUAUCUCUUGGGGCUUGCCGACUUGACAGGAGAGCUGAUGAGGUUGGCCAUUGGUCGAAUAUCAGAUGGUGAACUUGAAUUUGCUGAAACGAUCUGCAGGUUUGUGCGUGAUAUCCACAGAGAGCUUAUCCUUCUUGCCCCAAAGAUGGAUGACAGUGCAGACAUGAAAGCAAAGAUGGACACGAUGCUCCAAAGUGUAAUGAAGAUAGAAAAUGCUUGCUGUAGUGUUCAUGUGAGAGGAUCAGAGUACAUUCCACUUCUUGGAUCGGCUGAUUCAAGUUAUUCCUUAUUGGGGAUGCCUGACCUUGAAUGA